CCGUAAAGGAGAUCGACGAAACUUGAAGGGGCGGCGGCUCGGCGUGUCCGUCCCGUCAACUGCCGAUCCAUAUUUGGCAGCGACGCCUGACUGGAUUCUCACCACGAGUGCGAGAAUGCGAGAGUAUAUCGCCUUUUCCUAAGCUCCGGUCCCUUUCACGCUCGUGUCGCGAAGCAUGGACCUCUACACGUUAGGCUUCGACGCACACUCACCAUGCCACUCCGCGACAGCACUCGACUUAUCAACACCAAGUCUCACUGCCAAAGCUGUUAAAGUUCUCUGGUCGUCGUGGUGUGAUGCAGUGAUCGCACAUCAAGACGACGCAAACACCUGGGUCAUCGAGUACAGAGGGACAAGCCUAACGGCAACGCAAAAAGGCCACCUCACCCAAUCCCGAGUAAUCAAUGAUGCAAUCAACAGAGAUGAAGCAUCGGUCAAAUUCUUUGGCAGCACCAUGCACGAAGGGCUGCUCGGGGUUGUAAUUUCCGAAAGAGAGAGAAGUAAAGUCACGAUCUUCAGUAGCUCAAGUGUUGAACUCGGAGUACCGGAAGUGCAAUCCCACUCCAUCGGUAACGAGUACGAGAUCCUCGACAUCAAGGUCGCCAGUGCUGGUGACGUCUUCGUCAGUGUGAAAAGGAAUCCUACCGGUACAAAAGCAAUCAUGUGCAUGAACGGCCUGUCAGAAUUGCGCCACAACCUGACAUCCAACAACGUCCCGUCAUGUCCCAUACUCUCAUCCUUCGACCCGACAGAGUGGUGUUUGAACGCUACGACAACCACGGCCUUGUGUGAAGCCGAUAAGGUUUACACAUGUACAAGAGAUCCGCGGUAUCCAAAGUGUCUCGCUCGGCCCUUCGAAGCUAGUGAUAACUUCGAGCCCGUGCCUUAUCUCUCUGAGACGCGAAUCCGUAAGAUCGCGUCGGGGGGUUAUAUGACUGCAGCAGUGAGCAUGGAUGGUGAACUGUUCCUAUGGGGCCAGGCUUGUCCUGGGUCAACUGAGGAACUUGCCGUGCUGAAAGAGACCACUGUCCAAAGCAUACAUGGCGGCGCCCAAGAUUUGAGGAGCACGGGUAUUAGUGUCGAAGAUGAGCAAGAUGAGUUUGUAAAGUGCCUGACUGUUCGGAUCGAUGGCCAGGAAGCGAUUGUGUAUGAUGUCGCGGUAGGAUCUGGACAUAUCCUGGUUACCGCACGAUUACAAGAGUCUGGAAAGCAAGUUCUUUUUGUAGCCGGUGAUAACAGUAGAGGUCAGCUAGGUUUGGAUGUAAAAAGAGCAUUCGUGAGAGAGUUCAAAGAGAUAGCAGUGCCGAGUGGGAAGAAUGUUUCACAGUUAAUAGCUACAGGAUGGUCUAGCUUCGUAAUAACCCAAGAUCAGUGAACUUCGAGCAACAGU